AUGGAUCUAGCGGCGACGCACUCGCGCAAGAUUACAGGCAACCACUUUGGCGAUGAUACCACAAUCAACCAAGUUGAUUUUCAUUACCACUCACCCAAUGAUAAGACUCGAGAAGACGAUACGAAAUGCCUCGCGGAUUUACGUAUAACGGACCCCCGCGACGAUAAAACUCGCAUUGAGGCCACAAAGGGCGGCCUAUUUGAAGAUUCGUACCGUUGGAUCCUCGAGCAUAGCGAUUUCCGACAAUGGCGCGACGACGAACGCAGCCGCUUGCUCUGGAUCAAGGGCGAUCCCGGCAAGGGCAAGACAAUGUUGCUCUGCGGCAUUGUGAAUGAGUUAAGCUCCGAAACGAGACUAGAGGACCAGAAAGCCAACACACUGUUAUCCUACUUCUUCUGUCAGGCCACCGACGAGCGCAUCAACAGCGCCACAGCCGUGCUGCGAGGCCUUAUCUAUCUGGUUGUGGAGCAGCAGCCGCUGCUUAUCUCCCACAUACAAAAAAAAUAUAAACAUGGGGGGGAGGCGCUUUUUAAGGAUGUGAAUGCGUGGACUGCGUUAUCAGAGAUCUUCUCAAAAAUCUUAGACGAAAGCCUGGAGCGGACUUAUAUCAUUAUUGACGCACUCGACGAAUGCGUGACCGACCUACCAAAGCUGCUCGACUUUAUUAAUAUAAAGUCCACUCUCUUUUCCUGCGUCAAGUGGAUAGUCUCCAGUCGCAACCGGCCAGAUAUUGAGGAGCGUCUUGAUUCUGCCACUCAGCAAAUGAGGCUCUGUCUAGAGCUCAACGAAAAGUCUAUCUCCGCAGCCGUCAAUGCGUAUAUCAAGCACCAAGUUAAAUGGUUAGCCCAGAAAAGGAAAUACGAUGCUAUAACAAAAGAUGCUGUUCAGCACCACUUAUUUUCUAAUUCUAAUAAUACCUUCCUCUGGGUAGCCUUAGUCUGUCAGAACUUAAGGAAGAUCUCGCUACGGAAUGACCUCUCAAAGCUAAACGAGUUUCCACCUGGACUUGAUUUUUUAUAUGAGAGGAUGAUAAAUCAAAUACGUGAUUUAGAGGAUGAUAGAGAUGCUAAGUUUUGUUACCAGAUCCUUGCGACGGUGUUGCUUGUGUAUCGGCCUGUUACACUGGCUGAGCUUGGCAUCCUUAUUGAGUCCUCAGACGAUAAUCCCGCAGAUGCCGAGUUAAUUAAUAAGGCAAUAGGGUUUUGUGGCUCAUUUCUUACUGUGCGAGACGGCCGAGUUUACGUUAUCCACCAGUCAGCCAAGGACUACUUAAGUGACAAAGCAGCGCCUACUAUAUUCCCCUCUGGCUCAGCUAACGUCCAUGAUGUGAUCUUUGCGCGGUCAUUAAAAGCUAUGUCUGCCACAUUACAAUGGAAUAUUUAUAAUUUAUAUCCUCCUGGACUCCCAAUUAACGAAAUUAAGGCUCCAGAUCCAGAUCCGCUAGUCGCUCUGCGGUAUUCCUGCGCCCAUUGGGUCGACCAUUUCUGUUAUGUAUAUAACAGUAAUAGCCAAUCUCAGGACCAUGUUGACCAUAAGUACCAGACAGCCUUCCUAUUCUUUCAAAAGAACUUCCUAUAUUGGCUCGAGGCUUUGGGCCUUAUGGGGAAUAUAGAGGAUGGGGUUCUUUCAAUGGCAAGGCUAGAAAAUCUACUGAGAGUAAGCCGGUCGCGCUACUGCCAAUUACUAGAACUUGCACAAGACUCACAGCGGUUUAUCCGGCGGAGCAGUUCGGUGAUUGUAAAUAAUCCACUCCAGGUAUAUACAUCAGCGCUUAUAUUCAGUCCAUUAAACAGCUUUAUACGGAAAGUAUUUAAAGAGGAAGAACCUAAAUGGCUAAAGGUUAAGCCUAGAGUGGAAUACAAUUGGAGCCCUUAUUUACAAACACUCAAGGGCCAUGGCGGUACUGUCGAGUCGGUGGCCUUCUCAGCAGAUGGCCUCUACCUCGCUUCAGGGUCAUCUGACGACACCAUCAAGAUCUGGGAUACGAUAACAGGCAAAGAGCGGCAAACACUAAAGGGGUAUAGCGGUACGGUCUGGUCGGUGGCCUUCUCAGCAGAUGGCCGCUACCUCGCCUCAGGGUUAGAUGAUAAAACUAUUAAGAUCUGGGAUAUGACAACAGGCAAAAAGCGGCAAACACUAAGUGGCCAUUACAGUAGGGUCUGGUCGGUGGCCUUCUCAGCGGAUAGCCGCUACCUUGCCUUAGGGUCAGACGAUAAGACUAUUAAGAUCUGGGAUGCGACGAUAGGCAAAGAGCGGCAAACACUUAAGGGCCAUAGCGGUAUGGUUUAUUUAGUGACUUUUUCAAUGGAUGGCUGCUACCUCGCCUCAGGGUCAGACGAUAAGACUAUCAAGAUCUGGGAUGCCACAACAGGCAAAGAGCGGCAAACACUAAGUGGCCAUCGCGGUGGGGUCUGGUCGGUGGCCUUCUCAGCGGAUGGCCUCUACCUCGCCUCAGGGUCAGACGAUAAGACUAUCAAGAUCUGGGAUGCCGCAACAGGCAAAGAGCGGCAAACACUUAAGGGCCAUAGCGGUACGGUUUAUUCAGUGGCCUUCUCAGCGGAUGGCCUCUACCUCACUUUAGGGUCAAGCGAUAGCACCAUUAAGAUUUGGGAUAUAAUAACAGGCAAAAAGCAGCAAACACUUAAGGGCCAUUGCGGUGGGGUUGUGUCGGUGGCCUUCUCCGCGGAUAGCCGCUACCUUGCCUCAGGGUCAGACGAUAAGACUAUUAAGAUCUGGGAUACGAUAAUAGGCAAAAAGCGGCAAACAUUAAGUGGCCAUCGCAGUGGGGUCUGGUCGGUGGCCUUCUCAGCAGAUGGCCUCUACCUCGCCUCAGGGUCAGGCGAUAAGACUAUUAAAAUCUGGGAUGCAACAACAGGCAAAGAGCAGCAAACACUUAAGGGCCAUAGCGGUACGGUUUAUUCAGUGGCUUUCUCAACGGAUGGCCGCUACCUCGCCUCAGGGUCAGGCGAUAACACCAUUAAGAUCUGGGAUGCGACGACGGGCGAAGAGCGGCAAACACUUAAGGGCCAUAGCCAUUGGGUCAGGUCGGUGGCCUUCUCAGCGGAUGGCCGCUACCUCGCCUCAGGGUCAUUAGAUGGGACUAUUAAGAUCUGGGAUGCGACGACAGGCAAAGAGCGACAAACACUUAAGGUUAACACCGCAAUACGCACUAUAUCCUUCGACGAUAUAGCCUCAUACCUGUAUACCGAAAUCGGCCCUAUAAAAUUGGGCGAUCAACGCCGGCCCAUUGCUAAUGAUACUCAAAAGGCAAAACAUUAUGGCUGGGGCAUAAGCACCGAUAAAGGUUGGAUUACCUGGAAUGGGCAUAAUAUAUUAUGGCUUCCGCCCGAAUACCAGCCUUCCACGUCGGCCGUAUGGCCUUAUGCAUCACCUUCUACGUCGCCACAGGUGCCGUUAACGGACGUAGCUAUAGCUCUGGGUACUGGUUCAGGGAGAGUGGUGGUAUUUAGGAUGUCCGGUGGGCCAUAUUCCCUGUUAUAA